CAUAUGAUGAUCAUGCCAUGACCACACCCUUAUCUCUUCUCCUCUGACAGUCCGUCAAUAAUUUGCCCCAUGGCAGAGGAGGAGCAGAAGCACCAUCACCACUUCUUCCACCACCACAAGGAUGAGGAGAGCCCCUCCGAGGUUGACCCCAAGAAGGAGGAGAAGCACCACAAGCACAAGGAACACCUAGGUGAGCUGGGUGCCCUUGCUGCCGGUGCUUAUGCCCUGCACGAGAAGCACCAGGCGAAGAAGGAUCCGGAGAACGCACACAAGCACAAGGUUGCCGAGGAGAUCGCUGCCACUGUUGCGGUGGGCAGCGCUGGGUUUGCAUUCCACGAGCACCAUGAGAAGAAGGAAGCGAAGAAGCACGCCUGCGAGUAGACAGACGACGAUCCACCCGCCUCUUCCGAGAAAGAUUACUUGGUAGAAUAAAGGACUCAUCUCCUGGUUGUCGUACGACCAUGUGUGUCUGUCCCCAGUAGUUUGCUUGCUUCAUGGCUUUGAGCACUGUUCUUGAUCUUCUUCCUCCUUCGCUUCGCUGUCUUUUUUAGCCGAUGUUCUAAUAAUCAUGUGUGGAUUCGUGAUUUCUGACUC